AUGGACCAACAAUUCACUGAAAUGGUUAUCGCCGCCAUGGGCUCUAAAACCACCCCUAAAAUGCGCAGAAUCUUAGGCUCCCUUAUCCAACACAUCCAUGACUUCUCUCGUGAAAACCAAAUCACCGUCGAGGAAUGGAUGGCCGGUGUUGAUUUCAUCAACCGCAUUGGUCAAAUGUCCGACGAACGCAGAAACGAAGGUAUUCUUGUGUCGGAUGUUUUCGGUCUCGAGUCUCUUGUCGAUUCCAUCACCUACCACCUUGAAGCCCAUGACCACACUUCCACUGCAAUCAUUGGACCCUUCUACAGACCAAACUCUCCCAAGUACCCCUACGGAGGUUCCAUCAUCCAAAAGGAACUCGGCGGACAGAAGACUUGGGUCCAUGGAAGAGUUACCGACACCCAGGGUAACCCCCUUGAGGGCGCUGAACUUGAGGUCUGGCACACUGCCCCCAAUGGUCUCUACGAACAACAGGACCCUGAUCAGCCCGACUACAACCUCCGUGGUACCUUCACCGCAGACAAGAACGGUGACUAUGCUUACAUUGCUCUUCGCCCCACCAACUACCCAAUCCCUUACGAUGGACCUGCCGGUGACUUGCUCCAGCUUAUGGAUAGACAUCCUUAUCGUCCUUCUCACAUCCACUGGCGUGUGACCAAGAGUGGGUUCCGUUCUCUUAUUACCCAGAUUUAUGACUCUGACUGCGAGUACGUCAAGAACGAUUCCGUCUUUGCGGUCAAGCCUGAACUUGUUGUUCACUUCAAGCCUGCUUCCGAGGAAAUCAAGUCCAAGUAUGGUGUUGAAUUUGAUCUUGAGUAUAACAUUGCCCUUCCUACUGAAGCUCAGGCCCAUGCUCAGGUCGAGAAGCGUUUGGCUGAGCAGAAGGCUCUUGAGGAAGAGCUCCACGCCAAGGCCCAAAUUAAAUAA